AUGUCGACGUCGUCAACGAAUAAUCCAUACCGAAAGCGUGGGGGGCACGCAGCCGCCUAUCUAGCUGCUUACUUGUCCAGACCCAAUAAUCCCUCUACCACAACCAGCAACACUCCCAACGUCACCUCAGUUCCAACAUCUAACGCUGUUACUACUGGGGCUUCAGCAGCAUCUUGCCUCGACCUUCGACCCAAUAUCACUUCAUCACCCUCUGUUUCUUCAUUGACUACAGCCUCUCCAUCGACAUCUCUCUCCACUCUCGAGACGUUAGCAAAAACCCCUGCCCACCUUCAAGGCAAACUCAGCUUCGACCAAUCCUCCCCUCCGUUGUUUGGCGCUGGCGAUUUUAGCCCUAGCCAAUUGUAUCACCCCCGCAACACCCCUCAGCUCACUAAUUUGUGGGAAGCUUCAUUCUCCAAAGACACCACCCUGGAGCCGUCACUCCACGACCGCAUUGUUGGCGGGAAUCUACUGCGCGAAUCAGUCUUCCCCGACUGGAGAGAUGGUGCCUCUCACACCGGGCUUGACAAUACCGAUGAAAUGCAGAAGCAGGACCCCUUGGCAACCCAAAUAUGGAAGCUAUACAGCCGGACCAAGUCCCAGCUGCCUAACCAGGAGCGCAUGGAGAACCUGACUUGGCGCAUGAUGGCCAUGAGCCUGAGAAAGAAGAGAGAGCAGCAACAAAACAAAAUGUCCAAGCAGCCUGGAGCUUCGAACAAUUCGAAAGCCCCGGAAAACGAUUGUCAAAUGUCAACGCCUGCUGCGGCUGCUGCCGAUGGCCCUAGUGGGAUCGCUAGACUUCGACAGUGGGUCGAUGAUUAUGGUGUGGCUGCUGAAUCAGAUCCAAUGAAUCUUGACGAUUUUAUUGUUCCAUCGUCCAUGUAUUCGCCUUCAGGCUUGUCAACGUCCCCGCCCGCUGAGGCGGCUAGCUCAAGCCAUGCAGAGGCAUCGGCUAUCCCAAUAAAAUCACGCAACGAUCAGCACCUCCAUCCCCCAGGCAACUUUAUGCCUGCUUCGUUUCCACAUCCACCUCAGCAUUAUCGACAAAACGAUGAAUUUGGCUACGUCCAAAGACGAGUCCGCAAGACUAGUGUUGACGAAAGAAACACACGAAAACGGCCAGCCGAAUCGUCUCCCCAGGUGCCUCCUGUCGUAAACCUGACAAUUCCCAACGAAUCCGAUUUUGAUACCGGUAUGGCUGAUUACAGCCUUGAUCACCCUCACUCCGCCUAUCCACUAAGCAAUCACACUUCCUCAACUGUUCCUUCCAACCUCGAAACGUUCCAUCUCGGCGACGACCCGAUUCUUACCUCCGCAGGCCCUUUUCAGCAGAGUUACCCCUUCUCGCCCUCUGAAUCUCCUCUUGUGACUGGUGGGCCGUUCCAGAGUGUCUAUUCUCACACACCAAUGGGAUCUUCUCUCAACUCAGCCGAAUUUUAUUCACCGCCACCUUCCGGAUAUCAAUCUGUUGCUUCAACCCCCCAAGCGGGCUUCGAUACUGAUCAAAUGAUGUGUUUUGAGCAUAGUACAGUUGAUCAGAGGACACAUCAAUCAACGGGGAAUUUUUGUGGGCCCUCAAAUAUCGCUGGGUCUUCCCAAUCUCGAUACUUCUAUCGUGCCGCCAAUGAAACCGCAUUCAAUGCAAUCAGCGGCAUUGGGCGAGGGAGUAUUCCGUCCCCCGGUUUUUCGAUCCCUCAGCAGCGCGUGGGCCCGACACACUUCUCCUCUGGUCCAUUGUCUCGUCCUUUGAACUUGCCUAACAACGAGCAGCAUAUGUUUUCAUUCGGUGCGGAUUCCGAUAAUGAAGAAGAAGAUGGCAACCCGUUUCCCGACAGAUCCAUGACAAUGCAGAUGGAUUAUAAUCCGAUCGACGACUCGUCUAUUGACCUCAAUAAUCCCGCCGUACAAUGGGAAUCGCAUUUCCCUGAAUAUUUUAAUUCUGUGGCAAACAAUUUCCAGGGUCAUCAUAGAAGACAUAUCACAAUUGGUGGAGCAGAGAUGGCUGGUGUCAGCGGGGGCUGGGAUCGUGGAAGCUUGGAUCGUACUCAUGGUUCUGCGGCAUCGGUUAGUGAAAUACGUAAUCGUGACCAAGAUCCAAGAAGGCAAAAGAUUCCGCGAACAAUUUCAACACCCAACACGACUCAACUUCUCCAUCAGAGCAUGAAUAAUCAGCCACAUACAACACCAAAUUCUCCUCCAAGAUCAGGAUUCAGCAGUGCGUCUCCGUCGAGGCCUUCAUCCCCUGGAGGUGCAAAACAAACCGAACAAUCUGGUGCACCCACCACUUGCACAAACUGUUUCACACAAACCACUCCCUUAUGGCGCAGAAACCCGGAAGGUCAACCUCUUUGUAAUGCAUGCGGGCUGUUCUUAAAGUUACAUGGAGUGGUCCGCCCACUGUCACUGAAGACUGACGUUAUUAAAAAGCGCAACAGAGGAAGUUGUAACAACUUACCGAUUGGAGUUUCUGCAGGCCGUUCCGCCAAGAAAGUGUCACGAAAGAACUUCAUCCAGCAAUCAACUUCAAUAACGUCGAUGUCCAGUAAAGUUCAAGGUGCUUCAGAUCCUCUGUCUUCUGCAUCGGGAUUAAGUAGUGCCUCAACGCCAGGAAAUACGUCCAACGUUUUUUCAGGCUUUACAAAAAGUGGCGUUGUGCCCAUCGCCGCUGCUCCACCAAAGCCUGCCCUAACUACCCUAGCUGGUAGCCUGGCUCAGGUACGAGCCCCUGUUCAAGUCAUGACGAAGCGCACUCGCCGCUUCGAGAAAGCGCCUUCUGGACCCCAGGGUUCCCAGGAAGCCGAAAUGCGCGAUGUAGUAAAUGACGGCAAUAAACCACCUACGCCGCUGAAUAGAUCGAAGCCAUUCACGCCAGUUACCACCCUCCCACCGGCUGCUGAGAAUCCCGCCCACCAUAGUCUUGCCGCAGGGGCCAGACAAGGAGGCAGCCAAGAAUGGGAGUGGCUAACCAUGAGUUUGUGA